AUGACGGCACCACCAAUUAUGUUCGAUGCACCUGUUUGCAUUCUUCUUGAGUCAGAAGUCAUCACUAGAAUGCAUACACGCACACCCUGGCUCAUGAACGAAGAUGCUUCUCUUUUCCAUAUUAACAACCGUUGUCCAAUCAAGGUACCUUUUGAAGCAGAAGAGUUCGAAGAAAUGGAACGCGAAGGCUUAUGGCAUUUCAACCACUCCCUUUGA